GGACACAGUACCAAUCACAUGGACAAACUUGUCAUUUUCUUCGGCCCACCCAAAUGCCCAUUCAUUACCUUCCUUUGUCGUCUUCGAUAAUCAUCUCUAUAGCCCCAUAGCAUGUGCUUCCCUUUAAUCCACCAUUAACCACACCCCCUACCCCUUUUCAACCCCACCCACCCCUCCUAGCAACCUCCGAAUCGAGGGAAUAAAAGUCCUCCUUUAUCCUUUAAUUUCCUCAUUCAGAUCUAUCAAAUGAAGCGGCAAUUCGACGGCGGGGAAACCGAUUGUGCUAAUUUCGCCGCCGGCGAAGGGGAGUUGAAGAAGAUGAAACAAGUCAUAGAGUCGGAGGAAGAGAAAAAGUUGCCGAUGAAGCGGCAAUUCGAUGCCGGAGAAACUAACUGCACAGCCUCCGCCGGAGACGGUGACUUGAAGAAGAAGACGAAGAUGGAGGAGAUUAUAGAGUCGGAGGCGGAAGCGGAGGCGGUGUUGUUGGAUGAGAAUCUGCUGUACGAAGUGCUGAAACACGUGGACGGGCGCACGUUAGCUACGGCAGCGUGCGUUAGCAAGCAGUGGAACCAGACGGCACUAGAUGAGCGGCUCUGGGAGCUGAUCUGCACAAAGCACAACCGUAACCAACAACAGCAGCUCCGCGCCGUCGUCCUGGCUCUCGGCGGUUUCCGACGGCUCUACUCGCUUUACCUCUGGCCACUCUCAAAGCCGUCGCCGUCUCCAUCGUCGUCUUCUUCGACUCCUCCAACUUCCACCUGGCCUUGCCUUCCUCCACCGCCUACUCGGCCGUUGAAAUACGCCGCUACGAACACUCGAUGGGGAAAAGAUGAAGUCAAUCUCUCGCUAUCGCUGUUAUCGAUUCGGUAUUAUGAGAAGAUGAACUUCAAAGCUAAUAAAUCAACUUAAUUGAUAAUUCAAUUUCAAAAUUUAACAUUUUAUUGUCCUAAUUUUUCAGCUUAUGGUUUGCUUUUAUUGUGAUUUAUGCUUUUAGAUCUAUUGAUUUGGAUCUAUAACUCUUAUGUAUCAUAUGUAAGCUUUUGAUAUUCCAAGCAGUUAAUGUAAACUGAGCCCUGGUUAAUUCAAGUCACUGAUACUAAUUAC